UGCCUAGACUCGGAGCUGCUCUGGGGUCUGCUAUAAACCUGCUUUUGCUUCCUGAGGUUUUGGCUGUGUGAACACUGGAAUGUUGGGGAGUGUCGUUUAACUGUCAUCAUGGUCUAUCUCACUCACCUGUGUGGCUUGGGGUGAGCAAGAAGGCGGGCACAGCAGGCAAGGACACGCCCACCGAGUUAAGUUUGCUUAUCACCUCCUUUACAAUGCUCACCAUUCCCUGCUAACCCCAUUCUGACACCCCUCCCCCCACCCCAUGCAGAAAGGAAGAAACCUCCCUUGGCUCCAAAAUGGCAUCAGGAGAUACAAAGUCGAGCGUCAAGCAUGCCCACCCCUGUGCCGAGAGGUUGUCCCUGCAGGAGGAGGAGGGAGAUGCUGAGGACUACUGCACCCCUGGAGCCUUCGAGCUGGAGCGUCUCUUCUGGAAGGGCAGUCCCCAGUACACACACGUCAACGAGGUCUGGCCCCGACUCCACAUUGGUGAUGAGGCCACGGCGCUGGACCGCUAUGGGCUGCAGAAGGCGGGUUUCACGCACGUGCUGAACGCCGCGCACGGCCGCUGGAAUGUGGACACCGGGCCGGACUACUAUCGAGACAUGGCCAUCGAGUACCACGGCGUCGAGGCCGACGACGUGCCCACCUUCGACCUCAGCAUCUUUUUCUACUCGGCUGCGGCCUUCAUCGACUCUGCUCUCCGAAACGACCACAGUAAGAUCCUGGUUCACUGUGCCAUGGGCCGAAGCCGGUCAGCAACUCUGGUCCUGGCCUACCUGAUGAUCUACAAGAACAUGACUUUGGUGGACGCCAUCCAACAAGUGGCUAAGAACCGCUGUGUCCUGCCCAACCGGGGUUUCCUGAAGCAGCUCCGAGAGCUGGACAAGCAGCUGGUGAAGCAGCGGCGACAGGCCGGGCCAGGGGACAGUGAGCUGGGGCUGUAGGGAGCCUCCCCAGGGAGGAUCAGAGACCCCGGGCACCCAGAGCAGAAGGCCGAGGCGCGGCUGCACCGUCCGCACCCGAGGCUUUGUUGGUCUUGUUGGUCGUGAAGAUGAGACAGCAAAACCAAAGGCUGGGCGAAGCCGGGAGGAUGCUCGCUGUCUCCUCCGAGACUGUUUGCCUCAUGGUGGGCUGGCCCAGUCAGCCACAGGGGCAACUGGGGCAACUGGGGAAGGAAAAGCUCUUCUCCUGUCCUUUAAGUUGGAAGCAAAAAAAGGGUUUCCUUUGUUUGUUUGGGCUGGUUUCUUGUGUGUGUGUGUGUGUGUGUGUUUUAAUGUGUGGGUGGGUAUUGUGUUGUGAUUAAAUGUUUGGCUCUGAAAGGAAAAAA